GGCCAAUUGUCAAAUCACCGCUGUUUUCUUUUAUCAAAUUUGUAGAACAAAAACAUUGGCAGUAAAUUUGUGCGUUUGGACAUAGGCGAUUACCAAAACUAAGGUGCUAGUGUGCCAAAGAAUGAUAGCGGGUACUGUCCGUCCCUUUGUGACCCGGACACUACAGUCCGUUUGCCGUAUGGUGAGAGACUACAGCCAGGAUAGUGGUGGUACGCAUAGCUCACCUAAACCUGGUGUGAAAAAUCCGGACACCAUAUUCGACAAGAUUAUUAAAAAAGAAAUACCGGCCGAUGUGAUCUACGAGGACGAGAAAUGUAUUGCCUUCAACGACGUUUCACCCCAAGCACCGGUUCAUUUUCUCGUGAUUCCGAAGCAAAAAAUUGAUAAACUAGAAAACAGUACAAUCGGCCAGGUUGAGUUACUCGGUCAUCUGAUGCAUGUAGCCGGCCAGUUGGGGAAAUCGAAGGCUCCCGAAGGAUUCCGAUUAGUUGUUAAUAAUGGUGAUAACGGAUGUCAGACGGUGUACCAUAUACACUUGCAUGUGAUCGGUGGUCGUCAGCUCGGCUGGCCUCCGGGAUGAUUGAUUAAUCAGUACCUUUGUAGUUCAUGAAUAAAGAGGAAUAUUCCCAAAAGUUUGGCUCGUUUUUGGGAGUUAAAAAAUUAAAUGUUUGUGAUUUGAUGACAUUUGAAAUGAGCUGACAUAUUU